UUUAGAUCUUUGAGCGCUGCUAAAUAUACAAAUUUAAUUAGAUUAGCUAGAUAAAGCUAUUAAACUUUUUUAUUUUUAUUUUAGACUUUGGCUCAAGAAAAAUUUCAUGCUGUUGCUUCGAGUUGGAAUGAAAAGAGAAAAUAGAAAGGCUACAUUGUUGUAUUUAGAUGAAACUUUGUUAGACGAAGAGGAAAAGAAACAUUGGGUUGGUAUUUAUGCAAACACACAUGUUCAUAUGGGAAACAGAAAUUCAGGAAGAGCUGAAAGCUUUCAUUCUGGUUUAAAAAGAGUAUUAGGAUAUCAGUCAGCUGCUAAGUUGAAUUUGACAAGAAUGCAUAACUAUUAUCAGAAGAAGAGAGAAGAUCGUUAACGUCAAUUGCAAGUAGAAAGGCCAAGUAUUGACUCAAACCUUUUCGACGAAAAGAAUGAGUUUAAAUUUUCCAAGUUGCAAUUUAACACUAUCAGGUUUGCCAUGGAUAUAAUUAGAACCAACGCAAUUAAAGUCCUUCAGCCUGAUUUUGUAAGUAAAGGUGAAAACUGUAACUGUUAUGAUCGUAUAACGUAUAGAUUACCUUGUCCUUGCGUUACUGCCAAUAAUUUUAAUAUUUUGCCUUUGGAUAUAAUUGAUCCACGCUGAAGAUUUGAACGUGAUGAAGAUUUUGAAACAGCUCAGGAUUUGAACAGCAAUACAGAAGAUAAACAGGCUCCAGGAAUAGUUUGCUAAG